AUAUGAAUUCAUUAUGUUAAUCGUUUAUAUAACCAGAUUGAUGUCUCUUAUUCUUUCGAAAUUGUUUCAUUCGAGUUUAUGUAUGUAGUUCGAUUUAGUCUAAGAGUAAAUUUAAUUAUUAAAAGAAAGUGAAAAAAGAAGAAAAAGAACAAAUUAUUGCAAUAUGAAUCGUGUAAAAAAAUUGCUAUCGAGUAAAGAAACUCGAGAUUAUUUAAUGAGUACACAUUUUUGGGGACCUAUAGCUAAUUGGGGUAUUCCAAUCGCAGCAAUCGCUGAUAUACAAAGAGAUCCGAAAUAUAUUAGUGGAAAAAUGACGUUUGCUUUAUGCUUAUAUUCAGCAAUGUUCAUGCGUUUUGCUCUAAGAGUUGAACCACGCAAUUUACUUCUUUUUGCCUGUCAUUUUGUGAAUGAAGGAGCACAAAUGACUCAAGGUUUUAGAUUUAUUAAAUAUCAUUAUGUAAAUAAAGAUAAAUAAUGAUUGAUAAAAUAGAUACUUGUAAAAAUA